CACACUAAAAGAUGUCCUUCUCCAUCACUCCCAUCAAGUCAGACUUGGGCACUCCCGGAUAUACCGCCUUCGUCGAGGUACAGCUUAACGAUCUAUCGGAUUACCCACUAGAAACACCGCCAUCCUCCGCAAUCGUUUCGGCCAAGUAUCAGUCCUAUGCCCAGCAGGUACGAGACUUUCAGGUGUACGAAAAUGACGUUUGGAUCGUCACCUUUCCCAAGUGUGGCACUUCCUGGACACAGGAGAUGGUCUGGCUGAUCGAUAACGCACUCGACUAUAAAACGGCGCGCGCCAUUGACAUCAACACAAGAUCCGUCUUUUUUGAAAUCGGGGUAUUUGGUGAUCGCAUACCAGAGGAUACGGUAACUGCUACGGCAAACUUGAAGCGCCCACGGCACAUCAAAUCGCAUCUACCGUUACCGCUGCUACCACGCCAGCUGUGGACCGUGAAACCAAAAAUUGUGUACGUCACACGCAACCCGAAAGAUGUGGCAGUGUCCUAUCUACAUCAUUACCGCAUGAUCAUGGGUUAUCGCGGCUCGAAGGAAGCGUUUUUCGAUGGACUGCUCCAGGAUCGGGUUAUGUACUGUCCGCAGGUGCGCCAGACGCUCGACUUUUGGGCGCUCAAAGACCAACCGAACGUACUCUUUCUCACUUACGAGGAGAUGAAGCGGAAUCUCCGUGGUGUUCUACCGCGUGUUUGCGAAUUUUUCGGCAAAUCUUACACCGAUGAUCAGCUGGAUGAGCUCGCUGAACACUUAUCGUUCGACCAGAUGAAAAAGAAUCCGGCUACAAACAACGAUCAGAUAGUGCGCGACGCUAUGAGAAGGAACGAUCGUGAGGGGGAACACUUUGAGUUUAUGCGUAAAGGAAUCAUUGGAGACUACAAGAACGAGCUGUCGGAUGACUACAUUGCCAAGUUUGAUCGCUUCAUAGAGGAGCAGCUGGCUGGCAGUGACUUUAGAUACGGUGCUUAAACGGUCUGGAACUGGAAUCUCUUUUUAAAUCUCUUUUAAAAAAAAUAAAUAAACAGUUUUAUAUCACACAAG